AUGGCGGAAGCUUCGCAGAGCACCAGUGCUCUCGAUGCGAUCGUGCUGAUGAAGAACCUGACGAUCAAGGCAUUCAACAUCACCACAAAGGUGAACAUCAGUGACAGCCGAUCCGGAGAUCAGUUCAGCAGACUCUGGUACUACCAGACCUGCACCGAGUUUGGCUGGUAUCAGACGUGCACGAAGGGAAGCAACUGCCCCUGGACCCAGGGCUACAACACCGCCGAGUGGAAUUUGAAGCCUUGCCAGCUUCUCUUCGGGAUUUCUCCGGAGCAGGUUCAGGAGAAUAUCCGGAAGACCAAUGAAUUCUACAAGGGCAUUCUGUAUCCCAACACCACCCGCACCAUCUUCCCGAACGGCGAAGUGGAUCCCUGGCAUUGGGAGUCGGUCCUGGAACACCCGAACCCGGAGAUCGAGACCAUCUUCAUCAAAGGGGCCUCGCAUUGCGAGUGGAUGACGCUGGGCCUGCGUGUUCAGGCUUCAGGGCCUUUAGGGCUUCAGGAAGUGGGAGCUUAG